AUUUUAGGACUCGCCAUGUUGGAUAAGAGACUAGAAAGACUUCUUUCAACUAUACGAUAGGCUUGUGUUCAUGCAUGUGGUAUAAUUGUCAAAGGAUGUAUCUCUCAAAGUACGCAUCAACCCAACAGACCACUAACCUUGCUCAUGUAGCUCGGAUGAUCUUGGGUCCCUGCACCGACGUUUUGCGAGCUGUUCUCACGAACGAAAUGUCACCUUUAGCGUUGUCACACAAUGUUAAAACGUUUAUUGCUAAUCAUCCAAAACACAGAAAGUGCCAAACCAACACAGAACAGGAAAAGCUCAUUCAUGGCAAAAUCUACGAAGAUUUUGAUAUAUCAUUGCUUUACACUAUAUUACGUAAUAUAUGUCAAAUUCCUGAGCAUAAAAACGAGUGGGGGCAUGUUCCGUUUUCAACGGAUAGAAGUGUUUCUGCAAACGUAGAAAGAAUACGACUCAUAAGAAAUGAAUACGGACAUAUUUCUGAAUGUUCACUCUCAGACAUAGAGUUUAAAAUAAAAUGGCAUGAUAUAUUAAGAAUAGUUCAAGAGUUGGAGAGCUGUCUAUCAUCAUCGACCGAGAUUCAGAAUAAUGUGAUUUAUAUCUCUUCGUGUUCGAUGGAUCCUGAACAGGAAUCUAAAUAUAUCAAACAACUACUUGAUCUGGAUAAGAAAAUUCAACACAUUUCAGAGGAAAUAAACAGAAUUAAAAAAAUAUGCGUUCCAGAGAAUUUAAAAGUAAUAUAUGAGAGAGAAAUUCUCAAAUGGAAAGAAGAUGAUGCCAUGUUUGUUGAAACACACAACUUUGCAGCCAUGUUUGAUCAGGUCAAAGAGCAAACAUAUGUAAUGUUCGUUGGUGUUCCAGGAUGUGGAAAAACUGCCACGGCUCGACAUAUUGCCCUUAUUCUCCAAACGGAAGGGUAUCAAAUCUUGCCAAUAAAAGACAUCAAAGACAUUGAAACGUAUUGCGAUCCGCAUCUUCCUCAGGUGUUUGUUAUUGAUGAUGUCAUAGGCGUAUUCGGCUUAGAUAUGGCAGAGCUAAACUUGUUAAGAAAAUAUCAGGACAGACUUAAAUGUCCUACAAUGCCAGAAACAAAAACACUUCUGACAUGCCGAGAGGUAGUGUACAGAAAUGAAGAUUUUUCUAACACAUCUUUUUUUGCUCAAGAGAAGCAUGAGAUUAAUUUCAGCAGUAGUGCAAACGUUCUAACAGACACGGACAAGUGUAAAUUACUUGCUAAGUACAAUUUAAAUGUUUAUCAAUUUCAAGUAAGGAUUCUGCCAAAAACAUCAAAAAUGUUUCCACUACUAUGUAAAUUAUUCUCCAAAAAGGAGGAAUAUAAAGUCCACGGAUAUAUGUUCUUCAUAACACCAAUUCCUUGUAUAUUGGAAGCAAUGGAUGAAAUGAAAACAAAUAACAGAAUCCAAUAUGCUUCAUUAGUUCUAUUAAUGGCCAACCAAAACAAAUUGUCUGAAAAAGACCUAGAUGAUGUUCAAUGUAGUACAAACGCAUUCACAGAAAUAAAAUACAAAGUAUUACAAAUAUGUAAAGUGAUUAGUAGAACAGAUACUUUUGAAUUUACUGAUGCAUUGGCAGAAAUGGAGGGAACUUACACAAAAAGGUCUGGUAAUAUGUUUACUUUCGAACACGACUACAUGUUAGAAAUCAUUGCAUAUCAUUUUGGCCGUCAGUGUCCAGAAAUAAUCCUGCAAAUCAUGAAAAGUGAUUAUAUUUCUUACUACAUUGAAUUAGAUACUCGUAUAUCAAGAACAAUUGAGAAAAGAAAGGAAAGUGAAGAUGUUGCUGUUGAAAGCGUACAACACAGCGAGACAAAUAUAAAACAAGAUGAUGUAUUUAAUCUGUGCAUAACAUUAACAGAAAAGCAGUAUCCCAUACUUCUUGAGCGUUUAUUAAAAGAUAUAAAGAAUGGAGACUAUUACAAUGUAUUUAGAAGUAAGGCUUUGAAACACUCGUCCGUGCUUCAACAAUUUAUUGGUUUAAUGGGAUCUUUUAUCAAUCUAAUACAAAGAGACAGGACACCACUUACAGUUGCAUGCCACCUCGGCGAUUUAAAUAUAGUUGAAGAGUUGAUAAAAGCGGGGGCGGAUGUAAAUCUCAGAGAUAAUACCCAUAGACCACUAACACUUGCUUGUGAAGAAGGACACGUUGGCGUAGUUAAAAUGUUGAUCAAAGCGGGUGCCAAUGUAAAUGUAAAGGACGGAAGUGUAACAGCACUUACAGCUUCAUGUGAACUAGGGUACAUAGGUAUUGUAGAUGAGUUAAUAACAUCAGGUGCUGAUGUUAAUUUAAGAGGUGAUAGUAAUACACCGUUGACAUUUGCCUGUGAAAUUGGACCUUUAAGUUUAGUGAAAAAAUUAAUAGAAUUCGGAGCUGAUGUCAAUCUAGCCGAUGAAUAUAAAACCCCUCUUACAACUGCGUGUGAAAUAGGAUGUAUUUGUGUAGUUAAAGAGUUGAUAAAAGGGGGAGCCAUUGUCAAUCUAAAUGAUGGAUAUUAUACCCCACUAACAGCUGCAUGUCAAGGGCUAUCUAUAAAUGUAUCUAAUGGGACCUUGUUGGCAUAUCACCUAAUGUUAAAAGGAAUGUUGAUGCCUUUCGUUAUUCCAAUAAACGACCCAAAGAUAUACUUUACCAGAGAAUACAUAAGUAUAGUAGAGCAUUUGAUAAAAACGGGAGCUGAUGUCAAUCUUUGCGAUGGGUCAAAAACGCCAUUAACAUCUGCAUGCGAACAAGGACAUCUGCACAUCGUAAAAGAGUUAAUUAAAUUUGGAGCUGAUGUUAAUCUAAGAGAUGAGUACGAUACACCACUUAUAAAGGCUUGUAAUUCCGUACAUUUAAGCGUAGCUAAAGAGUUGAUCAAGGCUUGUGCAAAUGUUAAUCUUAAUAAUGAAUAUGACACACUGCUGACAUCAGCAUGCGUCUCACACAAUGUAUUAUUAGUUGAAGAAUUGGUCAAAGCAGGUGCUGAUAUUAAUUUGAAAUAUCGAUGUAAAACGGCACUUACAACUGCCUGCGAGCACGAAAAUUCAGGAGUUGUGACGAAAUUGAUAGAACUUGGAGCUGAUGUCAAUUUAUGCGAUGGACUUACUACACCAUUAACAACUUCAUGCAGAAGAGGAUACCAGACUGAAGUUGAAUCUUUGAUAAAAGCAGGAGCAGAUAUCAAUUUAAACGAUGGAUAUGGGACACCAUUAACAACUGCAUGUGAACAGGGUCAAUCAAAAAUAGUUAAUAUAUUGAUACAAUCAGGGGCCGAUGUCAAUCUAAGUGAUGGAACUGAUAAACCGUUGAAAAUAUCUUGUGAAAUGGGACAUUUGAGUGAAGUUGAGGCGUUAAUUAAUGCUGGGGUCGAUGUUAAACUAGGCAAUACAAAUACAAUAAUACAAGAAAGAUCAGAUAUUGACAAAUCACUGAAAACAGUUGAAUGGCUCAUUAAAUCAGGUGAUGGUAUUUCUCUCAACAAAAAGUAUUUACCACCUCUGAUAACUGAAUUUUCACAUCUCACAAGACUCUUAAGGUCUACUAAUACUUGUGGAGUAGAUAAACGCUCUGAGCGCCAAAUCGAUUUGCUUGGGCGAGAAAAUCAACGGAUAAAUCAAGUCGUUAAACCGUUAGCACAAAUACAGAAAAAUCUAACACGAGUUGUGAAUUCAUUUUCAAGAAUUGCAAAUCGCAUAAAAGUAAAUGCGAAAAUAAAUGAGGGUUAUCAUCCUUUUCACAGGAUUUAAAAUCACGCCUUACUAAUUGGCUAUUUGUGAUGUUCAGUUUGCAUAAGGAUAUUUUGACAGGAUUAUUUUUUUAGUUUCCUUUUCCACUUUAGAAAAAAAUCAUAGUUUAACUUAGUUUGCGCUUGUAUGUUUUGUCAUUCAAUAUUUAAAGUCCCUGAUUAAAGAAAAACCUUAUACGUACUGAAAAUAUGCCGAUGAAACAAAAUUGUCACCAUGGUUGAAAUAAUGUACUAAAAUUACUCUUUACUUUAUCUGUGUGAUAUGUACGAUUUUGAAUGGUUUACUAGUAUACAACCUAAAACAGCUUUUUCAGCUGCUGUAACCAUUGUUCAAGUUUUGGUGAAUCAGGUGCAUAUUGCAUUUGGUGCCCCUGUUUAUGUAUAAUAGUGUAUGAUCGCUGGAUAAGUGAUAUUAAUGAUUAAUAUUUUGAAACGGUUUGAAACACAUGGAUUAAAGAAUCUGUUUGAAAAAUUAAUAAAAGUUAAAUUAAAUUCAAUUCACUUGGAUUUUGAUUAACAUACACUUGGUUUUAGCAUCGCCUACUGAUGAAUGUAAACGAAACUAUUAUAAAAAAAAAUUGAAGUAUAAUUUAUAGGUUUAUGUGAACCAAAUUAUAACAAUUCGACAUAUCUCUGAAGUAGAAAAUAGUUAUGCAUGCAUGUAUUUUCAUGUCUGUUUUAUGAAUCAUGUGUAUCUAACUACUUAUGACAAAAUCAAAUAUAUAAAAAACCAUAAUCUAAUAUUACUUUGUUAUGGUACUCUUUUUUAUUGCAGGUAUUGUGUUUUCAUCUCAAAUAUUUCAACUAUACAUAAGGGUAACUAAAGGUUUACAUGGCGUUGAGAGAAAAAAUAAUAACAGAAUAAUAGAAUAAUAACAGAUAUACACACAUAUAAAUAUGUUUUCCGUUAAUUUCAUUAUCAAGGUCUUUCUUUUUUAGCGGAAGACCUUAUUGUUUUCGUACAGUUUAUUAUCAAUUUUUUUCCCCAAAUUUUGUGCACGCGAUUUCUCGAAAACUAUUCGACCGAUCUCAACAAUGUUUUUCACAGAUGAUGGGACACUAUCUGAAUUUUAUAUGUUUUUGAAUUUUUUGUUGCUGUACUUCCGGUCCUGAUUUACGGCUGAUUUUGUAAUUUUUUACGACCUAUUUUGUGCAGAGCUGUUCUCAAAAACUAUCAGAAAUAUGACUCUGAAAUUUUCAGGAUAGGUAAAACCAUAGUUUGAAGUUGUGCGCUAUUAUUUUGUUUAACGCCAGUGGCGCCAUUUCCUGGAGCUCAGCUAGGCAUGCAAAUUGGGUUCAAAUUUUGAAUUACAUAUUUUGGACGUUUCAAUCGGUAUCUUUUUUUCAGUUGAUAUUUUUAAGACAUAUAUAACA